GUCGGCUUCUCUUCCCCUCCCGUCGAUUCCAUUCACACUAUAACCCAUCCCUUCAUCUUUCACAAUGUCUCAGAACCCUAGGGAACAGUGGGAGAGACUCCAGGUUCUCCUGCAGAACCGUGGCGGUUCUCUCAACCGAUUUAGCGGCGGCGGCGGUGGUGGACGCGGCUUCGGAGCUGUGGGCGCCCUGAUGACGGUUGGCGCAGGUCUUUACCUGCUCUCCAACUCUCUCUUCAACGUCGAUGGUGGUCACCGUGCUAUCAAGUACUCCCGCUUUGGUGGUGUGCAGAAGGAGAUCUACAGCGAAGGAACUCACCUCCGGAUCCCUUGGGUCGAGACUCCGAUUGACUAUGACGUGCGCGCGAAGCCGCGCAACAUCGCUUCCCUUACCGGUACCAAGGACUUGCAGAUGGUGAACAUCACCUGUCGUGUCCUGUCCAGACCCCGCGUGGAUGCCCUUCCUCAAAUAUACCGUACCCUCGGACAAGAUUUCGAUGAGCGGGUGCUGCCCUCCAUCGUCAAUGAGGUGCUGAAGAGCGUGGUGGCCCAGUUCAAUGCCAGCCAGCUGAUCACUCAGCGUGAGAACGUUGCCCGCCUUGUCCGGGAUAACCUUGCCCGUCGGGCUGCCCGCUUCAACAUUGCCUUGGACGAUGUCUCGCUAACGCACCUUACUUUCUCCCCCGAAUUCACGGCCGCCGUCGAGGCCAAGCAAGUCGCCCAGCAGGAAGCUCAGCGGGCUGCGUUCUUGGUUGACAAGGCUCGUCAAGAGAAGCAGGCCUUCAUUGUCCGCGCCCAGGGUGAAGCCCGCUCUGCUGAGCUGAUUGGAGACGCCAUCAAGAAGAGCAAGAGUUACAUCGAGCUGCGCAAGAUCGAGAACGCCCGACACAUCGCCCAGAUCUUGGGUGAGCACAGCGGCAAGAACAAGCUGUACCUGGAUUCGCAGGGUCUGGGUUUGAACGUGAACGCAGGAGGUGAAGAUAAGCAGUAAGAGCCAGCCAUGCAGGGCCGGCGGUAGGCGAUCGGAUUUGACUAUCUAAUGGUUUUUUCUUACAACGGACCUUCGGUGCUAUAGGUCGCGCGCGGCCAAGGAGAGGGGGGACGUUUUUUGUACAAAUAGUCAGUUAUUUGCAGGAUUCUCAGAGCAACCAGGCGAACAGUUUCUCAUCUCUUUUUAUUAUGUUCCGCGUGAGCUACCGUGUAUGAUGUGCAAAGAUUGGUCUUGGAUGAACCGCCUGCCUUAUCGAAAGGUUGCCGCGGCGGUAUCGUCAGCGGGGAACCUCCAAAGCGGCGGGCGGAUUUUUUUCAGAUCUGCAGCUUGACUUUUCUCCUCACCACCGUCUCUUCCUUGCCCGCAAUAGUAGG